AUGUCGCUGGCUUCAGCGCUCAUAUUCAGAGUCAGCCAACUCAUAAGAGACCCUCCUCGUGCUCUUGUCCGACUGGGAAUUUUUGCUGCCUUUUCCAUCUUACUUAUCCUGGUCACUUGGAAAAGCUCCAGUUUCUCUAAUGGCUGGUCGGCGGCGCCUGUCAUUGAGACUGAAUUGGGGAAUAUUACUCAACAGGCAAAGACUUACAAUGAGAGUCCGGUAAAGGCGCCUUAUAAAACCACUUUCUGGGAAGUUGGGCAGAGAUCGAGGGAGUUGAGCAAAUGGUUGUCAAGGUCGGAGCAAAUUGGAACGACCUCACGAUCUGGGCGUGAGCUACGAAAUGUCGUAGAGUCAGCCGCUCAAGAUCUUUUUCCUUUUCUAAAACACCCACCGCGCAAACCUCGAACACAAACUCCUCUAUCCGAUCUGAGGAAUUCUUUCGACAAGGGUUCUCGAGGAAUUGUAAUCCCCGUUGGAGGCGGCGAGCAGUCCGUUCGCUUUGCUGGCCACUUGAUCGUCAGCCUACGAAAAGUCCUCGACUCAAAACUACCAAUUCAGGUCGUGUAUGCAGGAGAAGACGACCUGCCAAAAAAGGAUCGCAACAGGAUAUCGAACCUGGAUGGUGCAUCUGACGUCGAGUUUCUUGACAUCUUUACCGUUUUUGACGACACAACUUUGAAGCUCAAGGAUGGAGGAUGGGCUAUCAAGGCCUUUGCGCUGCUGGGAUCUCGAUUCGAGGAGGCGAUCCUCCUAGACGCAGAUGCUGUUUUCCUCCAACAACCCGAAAAGCUAUUUGAGCAGCGCGCAUAUACCGAAAAGGGUGCUCUACUCUUCCACGACAGACUGCUUUGGCAGCAUGCCUUCAAGCAGAGACAUGAGUGGUGGAAGGACCAGAUCAAGGAACCAACAGCAGAAAUGAACAACUCCCUCGUGUGGACCGAAGACUACGCCGAAGAAUGUGAUUCAGGAGUAGUCGUCCUCAACAAAGGUCGAGUAAGCAACCUCGUCGGCCUCCUCCACGUAGCGUGGCAAAACACACACGACGUCCGCGAAGAAGUCACCUACCGACUCGGCCACGGCGACAAAGAGUCAUGGUGGCUCGGGUUAGAGCUCGGUGGUUCCCGGUACGAGUUCGAGAAGCAUUACGGAUCGAUGCUAGGAUGGGGCAAGGGGAAGGAGGGAAACGUGACAGAGGUGUGCAGUUUUGUGAUUGCGCAUACGGAUCAAAAAGAUAAGCUGCUGUGGUACAACGGGAGCUUGUUGAAGAACAAGAGGGUGGAUCCGGAUGGAUAUGAAGUUGCUGAGUAUUGGAUGAUGGAUGGCAAGUGGCACAAGGGUGGGACAAAGGAUGAUAUGAGCUGUAUGACUGAUAGUGAGGUUAUGGAGUUGUCACCGGAAGAGAAGCGUGUGUUGAAGGAGAGUAUAGAGGUUGCGAAAGGGGUGGAUUCGGCUUUGAAGAAGGGGGGUUAA